UGUGGGAAACUCCCAAGUUUCCCCCCCCUCCUCUGCCUGCCUCCCUCCCUCCUCUCUGCGCAAGAGCCAGCUCCCAAGGUGUGACUCGUCCGGCCGGAGGACAGAGAUUGAAAAAAAGGAUAAAUUGAUCCCAAACCAGAGGAGCAGAGUCCUGGGAGUGACUGUGUGCAGCCUCAGCCCUGGAUUUAUGUAGGACUUGUGCUGACAGAGCAGUAUGGAUGCUCUCUGGAAGCACAGGAAAAGGUGCUGUAUCAUGUCCAGGUAGGACACUGCCAGUGUGACAAGCAUCCCAAAACAACUGGUCCCAGGCCUUGAGCUCGGGUGGCUCCUCUGCUUCCUGCAGCAGCCAGGCAAGGGAGAAGAGCUGGGAUAGCUCCGCACAUCCACUUGCUGCUCACAGCACCCCUAGGAUGGAUUCCAAAGGCAACGUCCGAAGUGGAAGCAAACCCGAUGCCAAGGCCGCCAGCUCCGGGAAGCCAGAAAAGCCCAACCCUGGUCCUGCCACAAAUGCAGACAAGAAGGAGGCCCCCAAAGAGCAGCCUGCUCCUGCCACAGCCACCAAGAAGGCAGGCGGUGACGCCGCUGUCGCCAACAACCACAGCAACCUGAAACCCAGCCCCGCCGCCACAGAGAUGCAGGAGGCCAGUGGCCAGUCCCCUGACUCUGACCACAAGGGAAACAGCUCCGAGGAGUCACCGGGCAGCUUCUUCGACAACAUGAAGCCCUUGAUCAUCGUCGGAGGAGUGGCGGUGGCUGCGCUGGCUGUGGUUGUGGGAGUGGCAUUCCUAGCCCGGAAAAAAUGAAGACCAAGACAGGGUGGGGAUGAGAAACCCAGCCCAGCUGUACAGCUCCUUUUGAGACAAAUGCAUGCAGAGAAAUUCUAUACAUAGCUAUAUAUAUAGAGAGUGAGCUAGAUAGGUCAACAACAAACACCAACUGCAACUCCAGGGUCUUGUUCAAGACAACUGUGCCAGUCUGACCCGCUGUGGGUAACUCCAUGCACUCAGUGUGUUCUUUCAUGUAAUAUAUCUUGGCUUAUACCACCGUGUAUAGAUUACAGCUUCUCCUGAUCGGUGUAAAUGACGGUGUCCCCUCCCCUCCACUGCUGUCCUUCCUGGGAGACACCCCCCCCUUCCCCCUUGCAGUCCCGUUUUCAAGUCCAAAGUGUUCUACGUCCCAUCUGGAGUCCCCACUUUGUGUUUUGGUUUCUGUUUGGUUCUGUUUUAACUUGGGCUGUGGUAAAGAAGAUGGAAGGGAAGUGCUAAGGCUCAGCUCGUGUGUUGCGCUGGGCUGGGGAUGUUUGUCCUGCCACCCUGGGACAAGGGAAGUGCAGGGGCAGUGGCAGGGAAGAGGCAACUCCCUGACCCAACAGCCACGGGCAAUCCCUAUUCGGUGUCUGUGUACCUGCUGCUCACCGUCCCACCUUGGAACAUCCGCCUGGGAAGUGCCCCGGGGGAACCAGGGCGGCUGCAGGCAGAGACUGCAGCGUGGCAGAGCCGAGUGUGAGCCUGGGAUGUCACAUCUGGUCACUCCUCUGGCUGAGCUGCCAGCAGAACAGUGACCAGAGGGGCUGUGCUGUGGCCUGGAGAAGUCCCAUUGCAGUCUUCAGGAUCCCAGGGCUCGCCAGGGUCACGUGGGCAGUGUUUGGGAUAGAGAGACUUUGUUUUGGAUCUAGUAUUUCCUAAAGCUAGGCUGGGCUUUGCAGGGUGCUGUGGCCUCAGUCCAAGCUCCCUCGAGGUUGGCUGGAGUAUUUGUCUUCAUUCUUUUGGGCUUUGGAUAAGGAUUUUCACCGAAUUUUUUUCCCCAACUGAAGGCUGUGGUCUCUCAGCACAUGGGAAGACAGGAAAAGGGGAGACAGGAGCUGGUCUUAGGGGCAGAGAGGACCUGGGACCCCAUGACAGUAACACUGUCCUACCUGCUUUAUACCAGGGAAACCCCUUUCAAGGGCACUGGAGUCUGUCCUGGGUGGAUUUCUUACCUCCCUCUUGUGACAGUAGUAGCAGGGAUUUGUAACUCGUCCACGCUUUGGAAAUGGAAACAAAUUCCCAGCCCUCAGGAGCAGCCUGAUUUCAUGGGUGAGUACCUUGGCUCUAAAGCCAGACCUUGUGAGGGGGAGGAGAGAGGGUGUUUAGUGCCUUUGUUCGAUGCUCAGCACUAAACAGCAAGAGGUGAGGAGAUCUGGCUCUGAAAGCUUCCAUUAGGCUUCUCUUGGCUGCUGCAAAGAGUGUUAUAAAAACCCCUUACAUUUUGGGUUUAAGUUGGAUCAGAGAUUAGGCGAGGUCCAACAGGAGCUUGGCAGUGGCCACAGCCCAUGGGCAGGGGCAGGAGUGAUGAUUAGAGAGAGGCUGUGACACAGAGGGGUGAGUUCUGUUACAGAGCCCGUUGUGCACCUUUGGCUGAGAUGGAUGGGGGAACUCAGGGGCUGCAGGGAUAGAAGGAGGUGUGCAUUCCUCAGGUGCUGCCUCUGGCACAGUCCCUGGACAGGAUGGUGGGGGGGUGGUAUAACCUGACCAUAACCUGACCGGGCAAUUCUCUUGGGUCAUAUCUGUCUUACUUACCUCCAAAUCUGACUUGCUGAAUGCACAUGGUCUUGGAAUGCAUGACUAUUCCUAUGGUGGGCUCAGAAAAUAUUCCCGAAGGUGCAUGGCCUCUGGGAAUAUCAGAUGCCAUGUCCUGGUGCAGCAGGAGGUUGAUACCUCCACUUUUGCCAGCACAGAGACAAGGGUGGGUGUGUCGGGCUCACAGGAGUUUUGGGAAACAGGGCUACAGCUCCAGGUGAGAUCCUGGUAGCCUAAAGCACUCUUGGCAUGAACUGUGGAUGUGUCUACCAGCAGCAGUGUGUCACUUACAGCCUGGGGAAGAGUUAGAAGCAGAAGGGUCCUCUUCUCCCCUCAGAUCUCUGAAGCACAACUUUGCAGGGAAAUUUUCACAGGAAGUUUAGCUUACAUUGCUCAGAAGGAAAGGAAAUCACCCCCUCCUGCUCCGGUUCACGUUUUGCCAAGUAGGGUGGUGAUUUCAGACAGUGACGUCUGUUUUCAAGAGAUAUUUCUACCUUUCCUGUCCCCUCCCUCCCUCUCAGCUCUGGCCUAGGAUUGUUUUUAGCAGUGUGUGACAUUAGGCACAGCAUCUAUCUAUUCUGCCCUGACCAGCAUAGAUAGAUCGAGGGAGGAAAAUGAAGCACUUGCUUUACUCGAGUCUCCAGUUUUACUUUCUAAAAUGUUUUUUAUUUCCUUGUCUUCACCUUUGGCAACAGAAGAGGGGAAAAACAGUUCUCAGCCAAUGGCCUUAACCUUUUCUCCAUCUCCAAACCCUGCCUGCCCUUAGAGCACUCGGAUGCAAGGCCACCAGUUUCAUCCAGAAACACCACAGAGGUGGCGAUGGGGCUGCGGCUCCUCAUCUGGGCAUGUCACUCAUUCGAGCCCUCCCUGCACAGCAAACCUGGUAUGUCCUGUUUGAAAGGGAUUUUUGAACGUAGUGUGUCCAGUUCCCAAGGGAUUUUCCACUUCCUAUGUUCACUUAACAGUCUGCUGUCCAGGUUCAGCACCUGGAACCCACCUCUUUGGCAGUUUGGUUUGGAAAACACCUGUCUCUGUGUGUGUGUGUGUGUGUGUGUGUGUGCACCGCCCUGCCUUGAAGCACAUCCUGCGUGUGUGUGUGUACAAACCUUUGUGUCGUAUAUUGCAGUCUGGCGGGGGAGAGAAUCCAAGCUGGAGAUGCCCCUUCCUUUGUUCCCUGCAUUCACGCCAAGUGUCUGUGAUGUCUUCUCUGUGCCAUUCCCACCACGCCAUGCAGCUCCUGAAUUCCUUUCCGCUCCUGGUUUCUCCUCAGUGCAAGGAAUGUCUGGCUGGUGAAGUUCUGAGUGUGUGGUGUGCCCGUCGUGCUCAGAGCCCCGAGCCCCUGCUCCCCUCCCUGGAUAGUCAUGUGGGCUCUUUGCUUUAAAAUGAGGCACUUUUAGAGUAUCCUGGACUGUGCUGUAGCGCUUUUCCAAGUGUGAGUCUAGUGUUGAGCCGGGCAGAUCCAGUGUAGAUGCCACAGCGUGCCGCAGCCCUGACUUGCAAACACCUCCUUUCCUGCCUUACUGUGCCAGGCUGUGCAGUGCUUUCGUUCUGAGCCAAAAAUGUCCAGCGAGCACCAGGCCGAGGGAGCAAAUCCCCCUCUCUCAGCCCCAAAUCUGUCGAAGCAGAAGGCUUAAAUGACUGAACUCGCUGUGCUAAAUAAAUAGUUGUCUUUUCUCAUACUGAGCACACGCCGUUAUUUGCUUGAUGUCCUUCUUUGUGUGGUUUUUGUGGUAUGAAGUCCUUCCAGUGACAUCUCUGUGGGGAGAGUGAAUUAACGCUUAAAACUAAUCAGAGUCUGUGCUUGGGGUUUGAAGAGAUCUAGAUUGCUAGUUUACUCUUUUGAUCAAGUCGAUAAAUUAUAAAUUGGCAAAACUGGUUUCAGACCUUUCAGCCUAUCACCAAAACUCUCGAUUCAAUCACUGCACCCGAUCUCAAUCUCUUUUUAGGGAAUCAUAAAUUUUAGUUGAAUAUAAAGAUGUCAUUAUGCUGUCUUGGACAACUCAGUAGAAGGUUUUUUGCUGCUUCUAUUUUAAGAGAGAUGAAAUGGAUUAUGCUUCUGCUUCCUCUUCCUAUUUAUUUAAUACCCUGUGGAUAAGUCCUGUUAUUCCUCACAGUGCUGCAGCAGGAUGCAAACAAAUCUGGCAGCCAGGGGAUAAUGCAGCAGCAUUUUUGAGAGGGUAAGAAUGCAUUCCUGCAGGUGCUGUUCGCCUGGGGCUCACUUAAAGCACUCAACAGUCACUUGCCCUGAAGCAUUUCUUAGAUCCCUUGGGCUGGGUGAUAAAUUAAACAUCCAUUUGUGUCUCUGAAAGAUUAAAGUUUAAGGGUUGAUCCAUAGAACACUGAAAACAAGGGUAAUUUUUCCAUUGGCUUCACCAUGCUCUGGCCUUUGAGUUCUUGUUGGCACCAGGGAUAUGAUCACAGGUCAUCAUAAAAUCAUCUCAAUUACACAUUUAUUUCUAAAUUGACACAAACGUUCCUUAGGCUGAGUGCAAGGAAAGUCUUUUCUCUGAGGCAGCCCUGCUUAUACUGGCAUCAGGAUUUGUGUAUGAACAACAACCAAAAACCCCUGGAGCUGGUGAGAGAUGAUUUAUGCCUUAAAAUAUUCCCUGCUUUUCCUGGAAACGCUACUGGGGUUUAGAAUUCAGCAGCCUUCUAACUAUUCUUAGAAUUGGUUGAAAAUAACAGUGCUGAAGAUUGAAGAGGAAAAUGAUUUUUCGAGAAACAAACCAAAAAAGGAAGGCAAUGAAAAAAAGUGUUUGAAAGGUGAAAUUCUCGGAAUUGCAAUCAGCUUCAUGGAAAGCUUCAAGUCAGUGAAGAUUCUGAGAGGGUGCAAGGAACAAAGCAGAGAAGUGCAGAGAAAAAGCACUAUUUAAUUAUCUUAAUAGCUUUGGUAAGGAUGCUAACUUUUAUAUCCUAACCCCCUCACUUUUUUUUUCUCAGAAAAAGGCAAAAAUGACCAGCUCUGAUGCCGUGCAAAUUAACCUCUGCUAAUUGCCUUUUCCAGAUGAAUUCCUGCUGGCUCUGUGCAAUGUUAAAAGGUUAGAAAAAUACCUGAAGUUUUCUAUCACCAACUCUGCAUGAUUAAGGGGAAUUGCCAGGACAUUAAGAGGGGCUGUGUUCUCUUUUCCCGUGCUUUGCCAUGACAAGGACUGAAAAUGCAGCCUGCUCACACUUCCAUCCUCCUGGGCCAUGCCUUCAUGCUGGAGCAGGAAUGCUGAUUUCCUUCCAAGACCGUUGCACCUUGCUAUGGUGUCAUUCCCUUCACCACAAAGCCAGGAGAGGUCCAUAGGGGCAGGCAGCAGCAUCACGUUCAUGAGCUGGCUGCAGUUCUGCUGCACAGGUUGGGCACUUCCCGCCAUGAAGAGGAAUUGGCUUUGAUCUGGAGCAUAACAAUUCUGUACUCCAGUAAAUUCUCACUGCGGGAUGUUGGAAUCGGAAAUAUUUCCUGGUAUUUUACACUGGAGGUAUUUGGUCCUUUACUCUUUUGGAGAGAAAUCUGCUGGUGCUGAGGAUCUGCUGGCGCAUUUUGGGUCUUAUGAAUGACACUUGCCCAACAGCCCCAAAAAGCCAUGGAGCCUGUGCCCCCAUCCAGCAACCCUCGGGGGGUUUAAUCCACUGAAUAAAGUGGGUUUAUGAUGGCUUUUUCCUCUUCUUUUUGAGACAUCAGUUCAGCCCUGUGACCUGCUUUCCUUUUAAAUUCCCUGAUUCCUGGGAUGUCUGUUCACACAUCUUCAGCUGCUACAAACGAUGGGGCUCCAUUGGUUUCUGAUCUGAUUCAUUGCUUGUUCUUUUCUCCUUCUUUGGCCACUGCACUGUACUCCCUUUCCUUUCCCUUCCCUACUUUCUUCCUGGGCAGCUCUGCAGAUGUGGCCUCUCCAUAGCCCAAGGCUGGAGCAGAUUUUGGGUUGGCUAAGGCAGGUUUUGGGUGGUCCCCCAAAAAUACAGGCAGUGCUGGGCCUGUAUGUGUCACAGCAGGGAAUGUGUGAAGCUUUGAUCUGCCCUCACCUUAGACCUGAGGGUCUAAGUCUGCAAGAGGCCUAGUGCUCAUCUGCCACAGGAUUUGUAAUGGAUGACAAACUCCCAGGAAGGUCCCGUUCUUGUCCUUCCCUGUCAUUCAGGUCUGAGGUGUUCUGGCUGCUCGAGAGGGGCUGACAUGGUGUGAGCACACACUGCACUUGGCUGCAGCCAGAGCUCCUUCAGCCCUCUGGAGCAUCAAAAACAGAGGGAAAGGAGAAGUUCUGAAGCUGAGGACCUGCACUUCUGCUGGCCUGAAAGAAGCAGCUGUUGUGACAGGGGUGAGGGUGCAGGAAGUGCAAGGAUUGUCCCUUUUGAAUGGGCUGAUCAGGUGUCACUGGGUGACAGAGAACUGCGGGACUUCUGGGCCUCUAAAAUUCACGUUGCGUUCAAUUGACCAUAAAAGGCCUCAAAAUCCUGUGAGAGAUCAGAGCCUUUGGCUUUCCAAAUUCAUGAGUUUGGAUCUACUUUGUACUACAGCUCUGCUCCCUCCUCUGGACAGUAUGUGCUUGGAUAUGCAGUAGUCUGGGAUUCGUGCCCUCUGCUCUUAGAUGUUCUUCAAAUUAAAUAGAUUUUUUUCUGCUGAAAGCAUAACCUGGGUUAAAUAGACUUUGGACUGGCUCUUCCCAUGUCUUUUCUGGUUGUUCCCAUCUUGCAAUUCACAAACAGUUCAGUCACUUUUCCAUUUCUCAGCCCCAGCGCGGCAUCCCAAGCAUGAACGUACAGGUUCUUUCUGUCUGUGUGAUGAUGCUGCAGCACCAAAGCUCCCACCAGGACAAGAGGAAUCUUUAAUCACCUUUCCAACAGUCAAGUCCUGCAUUGUAUCCCUGGUUUUGCCAUGGCUGCUUCAAGCAGCCAAGCUGCUAGGGCAAGCUGAUGAGAACAAGGGUGCCACACAAUUUUGUCUGGUUAAAAAACAACCAACCAACAAGGGAAUAAUUUGGCUUUACUGAGUUUUGAGCAGCCCUUCAUAACCCUGGUGCCUUUUCCCAGGACUCUUUCAACUGAAGCCUUUAAAAGUUGCAGUUUCACCUCCCCAGGAAACCAACUCUCUUCCAGUGGUAGGUGCAGGUUGGCUAUAAGUUUGUGGAGAAACCAAAAUUGUAGGAAGGGAACUCAAAGGUCAGACUACAGGGGAUUUUUAUUUUGGUUUUGGUUUGUUUGGAUUCUGUUACUUCUCCAGGGACUGAUCCAAAGCCCUUGGAAAUCAGACUGAAAUGCCUGCUGUUCCUUUGGAAGCCUCAGGCAUCUUUCUGAUGAUGUUGGCAGGUUUUGAGUCAGCUCCAGAAUGUGUUUUCCAAAUGAUAGGAAUUUUCUAAGUGACACCUUGAUUUCUUCCCUGUACAAACAGACCUGCUUGUCACUUACACAUCUUUACCUGUGUUCAACAUACAGGUUUGGGGUUUUUUUUUGCUCUCAGAAACAAUAUGCUGCUAGACACAUUUCCUGGAGGGAAAUGGACACCUACCUACACACAAAGCUAUCCAGCUAAUUUAUACCUUGUUGAAUUUAUAAUCUUGUCUAUGCUUCUAUGGACACUUUGUAUGGGCUGCAGCUCAAAUCCUAAAAUAGUCAAGAAUUUUUUCCUUUCCCUUAUAGUAUUCUAUUUACUUUGACUUUGAAAACAAAAAAAGCGUAUAAAUGCAAUAAUGCAGGUAGACUAGAAAUACUAGAUUGAAAAUUUAAAGUAGUUUAGCUUGUCCCAUUGUGACUGACAGUGUUGUACGACACCCAACGCUGUACCCUGACAUUUUCCAGGCUUUCUCCGUAGCUGAAUCUAGUAUUAGCUUUGGAAACCCAUUGUGUGAGUGGUGGGUGGAUGGGUCGGAAUCGUGUGCUCUCUACACGCUGUAUGUUACUCACAUCACAAGCUGUAUGGCCACUCCAUAUGCUGUGAAACUGUAAAUGAUUCCCAAAUACACCUGUAACUCUUACCAGGAUUGUGAGAAAUAAACUAUAUAUAGAUAUAUAUACACACA